AUGCGGCCAGAAGACUUUCCCGACGGUGGCUGGACGGCCUGGCUCACAGUAGCGGGCGCAUGGUGCUGCAACUUCACAUCAUUUGGCUGGGUCAGCAGCAUCGGCAUUUUCCAAACCUACUACUCCCAAAACCAGUUGCGAACGUAUUCUCCUUCUGCGAUAUCAUGGAUUCUGUCCGCCGAAGUUUUCAUGCUGCAGGCUAUGGCUCCGGUCUUCGGAAAACUUUUUGACAGCUAUGGGUCGCGUGGCCUGUUGUGGUUCGGCACCUUCAUGCAUGUUUUUGGUCUCAUGAUGAUGAGCCUGGGUAAAGAGUACUAUCAGCUCUUUUUGGCGCAAAGUAUUUGCUCGGGGCUAGGUGCGAGCGCUCUAUUUUACGCUAGCAGCAAUGCUGCCACAACUUGGUUUCUCAAGCGUCGUGCGUUUGCAAUGGGCAUAGUUGCAAGCGGGUCUUCGCUGGGUGGACUGCUACUCCCUAUCAUGUUCAACCAUAUGAUCGAUGAUGGCGUUAGCUUUGGUUGGACAGUGCGCUCAAUUGCAUUUCUUCUUUUGGGAUUACUUGUUCCAGCCUGUCUUAUUUGCAAGUCGCGGCUGGAUCACGUUCCCAAACCUUUCAAUCCCAUCGACUUCGUGCGCCCUCUCAAAGAAAUUCGCUUUUUACUCCUUGCGCUUGGGUCUUUCUUCUUUUUCUGGGGCAUGUUCCUCCCCAUGAAUUAUUUGAUUCUCUAUGCACAGUCUAACGGAAUGUCGUCUCGCCUCGCGGGCUACCAGCUCGCAAUUUUGAACGCUACAAGUUUCUUCGGUCGUGUGAUAUCUGGCUGGGCGGCUGAUAGAUAUGGACGGUUUAACGUCAUGAUUUUAACUGUCAUCAUUUCGGUAACAUUCGUUCUUGGCCUAUGGAUUCCGGCGAACAACAACGCUUCCACGAUCGCAUUUAGCGCCGUCUACGGGUACGCAUCGGGAUCUUUCGUCGCCCUAUUGCCUACACUAGUUGCGCAAAUAUCGGACAUCCGCCAAAUUGGUGUUAGAGUCGGAACUACUUUCUUGGUUUCCAGCUUCGCCGGCUUGACAGGAAACCCAAUCGGAGGUGCUCUACUCGACAGCGAUAACGGUGGUUAUACAUGGUUGCAAGUGUUCUGCGGUGUUACAAUGUUUGUUUCGGGAUGUCUGCUUACCGCUAGCCGUAUUAUGCAGAGCAAGCACGUAGUAGAAAAGGUGUGA